AUGGGCCUCCCUUCCGAACCAGAUAUCACCCAAUCGCCGGGUUUGGACACCGAAGUUGGCUCUAUCGACUUGCACGAUUGCAUGUCGGAAUUGAACGAACUCAUGGCCGAGCCGUUUACAAGUGCCACAUGGACCAGCGCCACUACAGGACUAUUGCUGCCCACGACGAAGAACGAGUCCAUGGCAACGCGGUUAAUGUCAUCAAAACUUCGUAGCAUUCACCCGACGAUAUCGGCGACGAGUGACGUUUUCAAUUUUGCAUCGGCACUGCCCCUGAGCCUUCCUUCCCCGACGCUCUGGUCACCACAAAUCCCGUCAUCCGCCCCAAGCCUCGGGCAUCAAAGGCCAAGUACCUUUCAUUCCACCCCGAAUCCACGUGUGACUGUCCAGCUAUACGGCCACCCAUUGCAGCAAAGGAUGAACCCAAAGCCGCCACUUGAUAGUCCUCGGGAUGGCAGCGAUGUCCUUUUUGGCACGCACACGCGGCCAAGUUUUGAGCGGCACUCAGUUCCUGUUGAACCAGUGGCCCCGAAAAGAGAUGUGCACCGCGCCUAUGCGGAUUGCUAUGGCAUGGAUGCGAUUCGACGUAUGCAAACAGGCCCCGACCCGUCACCUCUGCUCAAGUACACCGACGGAACAUGGGCGUCUGUACACUUUCAUUCAAUGCUUGCGGGUCCUAGCAAGGGCAUGUCUCCCGGUCUCGACGCCGUCGCAGGAGCCCCUAAUCGCCACAUCCAACUUCAAGACGACCUAUCUGAAAUAAUGGCGGUUGAGACGCAGAAGAGCUCUGAUGGCGGCCAGAAUGACGACGUUGCUGCCAGCAUUGACGUUGUUGACGCUGUUGUUAUAAACGAAGGCGAUAGUAUGAAACAGCCGCAGCAACCACUGAAGCACCAACGUGGGGAAGAGAAAUCGCAUGAUCAAGAUGCACAAGAGGAGCAACGAUUAAAGGUGUCUAGAGCGUCGCCGACAGUGUUGCAAGAGACACAGGAAGUUACACGUGAUCUAUCUGUUGGCGCAGAGAGCUACAUCGACCUCACAGUACCCGACGUGGAGAGCGAGUUUGAGGAUGUCGAUGCCAAAGGUCCCACUGACGUCGACGAGACGUACGCUUCGGCUGCUGUUAUUGACGACAUUGCGUUUGAUACCUUGUCAGACGACCGCCUACAAGCUGUUUUAAAGAGACUGAAGAGGCUUGAUGACGCUGGCGGCCGACUGAAGAGCCUAGGAUUCCAGCUGGAUGAGGUUCCCGUAACCCCGGCAAAACGCAGUGUGCCGAGUGUGCGAUCAGAGCAUACAGCUACAAGGGAAGCAGGGCGUCACCCUUGUGCACAGGAUGGAUGCUCUGCAUCGUUCGUCAGCAAGGCGUCAUUACGAAAACACGAGAAGCGGCACCAGCGUCCAUAUGCAUGCACCUUUAGCUGCAUAAUGAAGGGCAGCGAUGCAAAGCUGUUUGGUAGCAAGAAUGACUGGAAACGGCACGAGGAAGGCCUCCAUUUCCAAGAGCCUGUUCAUGGUGAGGAGUGGCAGUGUGGUGAGAUGAUGGACACGGUGGACGAGAAUGUCCGCAUCCCUUGCUGCCAAGUCUUCAAGUCGGCGCCGAUGUACCGGCUGCAUCUGGUCCGACAACAUGGCUACAGUGUAGACGACAAGAAAACACUGCGUGAGAAGACGGCGCGAUACAGGGCUGUGCCAGCCGAAAGCUGUAGGUACUGGUGUGGCUUUUGCGAGACGUACAUUCGCGUCACUGCUCGGGUUCAGCCAGCUAGUACCAAAACAAGUGGUGAAAGCAGCAACAGCGAUACCGCCACCAAAGCUGUCGCCGAAAGCUCCGCUGCCAACAUGGACAAUGACGACGACGACGUCGGCAAGGGAAAGGGAAAGCAAAGGGAGACUGCGCCAGAACCUCAACUGUGCCGGGACGGAUUCAUUCUCUUUUCCGAGUUCUUGAGUAAGCGGUUUAACCAUAUUGACAAUCACUUUGUGGGCCGUGGCGACCGGAAAAUGAACAUUGCAGAGUGGGUGCCCGACGAUGCACUUGGACCCGAGCCCAACCACAACGACAGUGAAGUUUCCUUACGGAGCCACCGAAGCAACCACGACGACGCGGCGUAUCGGAAACGACACCAUGGAGAUGACCAGCUGUCCAGGACGAAGCGGAGCAAAUCGUCGAGACGAAAAGCUGGAGCGCGCUUCUUUUCAUGGGUUUGUUGCCGUUGCAAGAUCAUCAACACCGCCAAUUCGGAUGUCAUGUGCAACGACUGCCAGCACGCCAUGUGCGGUGUGUGUGACCGCGAGUGA